AUGGAUUCGAGAACAGCCUUAUUUUUUGGUUUGGGUUUUGUGGGGGUUAUAGGUAUAGGAUAUAUAGUGUAUUUCGACUAUAAAAGGCGUAAUGACCCGGUUUUUAGAAAGAAAAUUAAAAAGAAUAAAAAACGAUUUGCCAAACUUCGUAAAGCCGCCGAAGAAGAUGCCCGAAACAAGCUAACCACUUUUGCGCGAGAAGCCCUUGAUGAGGUCGGUAAAGAAGAUUUCCCGGACACGGUUGAGGCUAAAGAGAAAUUCUUUAUGGAUCAGGUGGCAAAGGGAGAAACUCUGUUCGCAGGUGGCGAAGCUGGAUAUAAAUCAGCUGCUAUUUGUUUCUACAAGGCGUUGAAAGUAUAUCCAUCACCACUGGAACUUAUCAUGAUAUAUCAAAAGACUAUCCCUGAAGCCGUGUUUAAUUUGGUUUACACCAUGAUGUCUCUUGAGAUAAAGAAAAAGCAAGAAGAAUACUGGGAGAUAUUUCCAUCAAAAGAGAUGAAUGUCAAAAUACAGCCAGUCGAGAUUGCUAACAACUCAAAAACUUCCGGUGAAAAAGAAAAGCUAAUUCGUCGUGGAAUAUUUGCCACGAAAGAUUUCAAACCGGGGGACGUUAUAUAUGAAGAGAAACCUCUUGUGUCAGCACUUGACCCAAAUCUUGAGGGAGGCGAUUUCUGCGGAUACUGCUUGAGAGAAAUAAAGGAAAAAACAAUUGAAGACGAAGAGGAUCUUUUUCAACCUGUCUACUGUUCCGAAAAAUGUCGCAACACUGCAGCAGUCGAAUACUCGACAAUCUUGUUCAAAAAAUCCACUACUUCACACACCGAUAAAGAAUCACGACUAGUAGAUUUGAUAAAGGGUGAUAAUGUUAAAUACCCACUGAUGAUUGCGCGAUUCUUUGCCCGAAUGGUAUAUGAAGAGACGGAGAAGGUAGCGCACAAGAUCGAAGAUGAUUACAGCACUUUUGAUCACAUCGAAAAACUACGGUAUUUAGAAUUGCCGGCUACUCAACGAGAACUACGCGAGAUCGAGAUUCUUAAAAGUUUGCUGGCUAGCAAAGUACCGGGGAUUGAAGAAUUUAUUUCGGAGGAACGCUAUAUGAUGCUUAAAGGGAAACUUUUAUAUAAUUCUUAUGGUAUAAAUACUGCAAAGGAAUAUAACAAAUCAAUUAAUGAGAGCAAAGAAGAAAUAAUGCGUAGUUCCAGCAAUUCUCAAAUUACAGGGGCUGGAUUUUAUCAUGUUACAUCAUACUUUGCGCAUUCUUGUGAUCCUAAUACACAAAUCACAUUUCCAUCUGAAAAUCACGUCUUGUCGGUUGUCGCAACUAAACCAAUUAAAGCUGGAGACGAGCUAAAACUAAGCUACAUUAAAAUUGGUGAUCGUAGCACCCAAAGCCGACGAGAGGAGUUAUCGAAAAAGUGGAAAUUUUUGUGUUUGUGUCCAAAAUGUGCAGAAGAUGAUCCGGGCGAAGAUGAAGAUGACGAAAGUAACUGGGUUGAUGAAGAUGAAGCCACUGAUCAUCAAGCUUUUAAAGAUUCGGGAAACUCUUCUCUUGAUGCUGGUGUCAUAACACCCUCGCAAAAGAUAAUAGUCGAGGAUGAAGCAGAUAAAUCUUUAACUACACCCUCACCAAAUCCACCAGAGAUAGUAGUCGAGAACGAAGGAGAUACUAGUGAAGUUAUAAACCUUGCUAUUCCCGAACGAAAAGUCCCGGUCAUAGGAUUGUUGAUCAUUACAUCUAUAUUAGGCGUACUUGUAAGAAUUACGUUCACUGAUUUGAUUACCUACCCUGGAGCCCCCGUGUUCCCACUUAUAGGCCCGCAAUUUCUUGGUUGUGUGAUCAUGGGAUUUUGUUUGGCAAAGAAAGCCACUAUGCUGGAAAGGUAUUUACCUCUUUAUACAGGCCUCACUACAGGUCUUUGUGGUUCUAUUACAACUUUUUCGUCUUGGAAUAUAGCGAUUACUCAGUCGCUGCUGAAUUAUAACGGACCUCAACGUAGUGCCAUAGAUAAUCCAAUUUCAGCAUUAUCUUAUAUCAUUAUCACGAUAGGGAUGUCAGUGAGUGGAUUAAAAUUUGGUGAACAUCUUGCCGGUUUUUUCGUACCAACCAAGAACAAAACCAACAAUAUCAAAGUAGUGCACACGAUUAUACCUACAAAGGCUAAUCUAUAUCAACUUAGUUUACUUGAUUGGAUAUGUACGAUUCUUGGGUUUGGAUCUUUAAUUGCUGUGAUUACGAUCUCGAUAUUCUGGCAUAGCCAGCGACGGGUUUUAUUAUCCACAAUUUUUGGACCUCUUGGUACAUUAAUACGCUGGCAGCUAGCAAGACUAAACGCGUUCAACUUAUCUUUUCCGUUUGGAACUUUUGCUGCAAACAUCUCGGGAACUUUUAUUUUUGCGUUAUUGUUUAUGCUUAGCAAUGGCGAGGCCGAAAUAACAAUACUAUCCAACCCAAGCGCAUAUCGAUACGCAAUUAUUUCUCUGAUUAGUGCGCAGCUUGCGAUGCUUGCUGUUAUUGGUAUUUAUGAUUGGACCGUAACAUUGGAAUCAACAUGUGGAUAA